AUGGAGCAUUAUGGCAAGGAGAAAAUUGAUACAUCGGCGGAAGAUCUUCGUGAUCCAAGCCAAGAUGAGGAUGCGAAGUUGCUCUGUGGAUAUGGCAGCUGCACUCCAGCUUGGCUCCAACGGUUUCACAACGCCAAAUGUUUGCUAUUGAUGCUUGGUCUUUGUGCUUUCAUACAAAGUUUCGUCGUAAACGCCAUAUUCCCCGUUGGACUGUCUACAUUGGAGAGGCGAUUUAAAAUGACCAGCACGCAAACCGGUAUCAUCUCAAGUUGGUAUGACUUCGCUGUGCUCCUCGUGGUCUUUCCUGUUUGUCAGUGGGGAAACAGCGGUGAGUAG